CUACUAUAUAACAAAUAAUUUGAGCUGUGACUAAUCAUGGAGCGGUUGGACUUUCCUGAAUUAACACCACGAGCUCUAAAAAGGAUAAACCGAGCUAGACAUAAAGCUAGGGAAGAACUAAAAGACCAGAAGAAAGACUGGGUAAAGAACAACUACCACGAAACCUGUGACAAGCUCCUCCCCCCUGUGGUCGACACAGUCCCACGUGUUGACGCCCGAUCUUUGUCGUGCGAGGAAUUCAGAAACAAGUAUGAAAUACCACGAAUUCCAAUAGUGUUGACUCAUUUGAUGGAAGAUUGGCCCGCUAUGACCAAGUGGACUAUGAAAAAACUUGUCAAGAAGUACCGGAACCAAUCUUUCAAAGUAGGUGAAGAUAACCGGGGUAACUCUGUGAAACUCAAGUUGAAGUACUACAAGGAUUACGUGUCUUGUAAUAAAGACGAUAGUCCUCUGUAUGUAUUUGAUGGGAACUAUGGAGAGCACCGCAAGAAGUGCCAGUUUUUGGAGGACUACAAAGUUCCUGAGUAUUUCGCAGAGGAUCUUUUUCGCCUAGUCGGGGAGAAGAGGCGACCACCUUAUCGUUGGGUGGUAUUUGGUCCUAAAAGAUCAGGAACUUCAGUACAUAUAGACCCCCUAGGAACCCACGCUUGGAAUGCCCUUGUAUCUGGAUACAAGAGGUGGAUAUUGUUCCCAACACAUACAGCUCGGUGGUUACUUAAACAGAAGUUGCCAGACAGCGAAGCUAUCACGUGGUUCAAAUUUGUGCAUCCUCAAACUGACGACCCUAACUGGCCUGAAGACUGCAAACCGAUCGAGUGCUUGCAAGGGCCUGGAGAGAUGAUGUUUGUACCUGGGGGAUGGUGGCAUGCUGUACUCAACGUCUCCGACACGGUGGCCGUCACUCACAACUACGUUUCGACCGCCAACUUUGCCGCGUCCUGGCACAAAACGGCGAGAGGACGGCCAAAGCUCUCCAAGAAAUGGCUCGCUCAGUUACGGGAGCACAGACCGGAUCUAGCGAAGAUAGCCGAUGAUACGGACCUCUCUGUAAAGUUAGCAGAACAAUCAGACAGUUCCUCUAACGGCUCAACCUCCAGCUCCUCCUCUUCUUCUAGCUCCUGCAGCACUUGUCUUACUGAUUCCAACUCGGACAAUGACCGAAGCAGACCUGUGAGCCGGAAGAAAACUUCAGCUAAGAAGAAGGCUGGAAAAAGAGGGAAUGAGUCGGAGGAAGGGAGGAGGAAACGUUACCGUUCUAAGCGGGAGAGAGAUAGAACAAACUACAGAAACAAGCGACCAUCCCACAGCGAGGAUGAUAAGAAAGAAAAGAAGAGCGGUAAAUCCUCCCGUCAGGGAAGCUCGGAGAAUUCCAACCAAGGCCGCCCUGCAAGAGAGCACUAAUCUUAAUUCUUAUGACGCGUGAGAAAAUGUGGAAUAACACUUCAAGUGGCGUGAAGUCAUACCAUUCAUUUUUAGACAGUUAGGAACUAUUUUAUAAAAUUGAACAAAUAAUGCUAUAUUAUUAUGGUAUGUCAAAAUGGGCAUUAAAAUGUAGGGGGAAGGUUCUUGAUUAUUGGGUAUAAAAAGUUGAAGCGAUUUAAAUCCAAUCGAUGCCACAAUUAUUCUUUAAGGGGACAAUCUUGUAUUAUAAUUGUCAAGUGACCCAAUUAUGCUAAGGAUCAAGAAAAACCAAACACUAAAUUUGAAGACUCAAUACGAUAGUAAUGUGAACCACUGGACUAACCCUCAGUGAAAUUAGCCACCCUGUUUUAGGGUUAAAGGAGACUGAUCUUUUCUGGUCCUCUAAAACUCUUUCUGCCGUGAUAAAUUACCAACGACAAAUCAUUAAUAAUAAUCAAGCUUAAGAUCCGAUAAAGAAUAACACUCGUUCUAUCUGUAAUUACAAAAGGCCUAACUUGCAAGCACGUGUCCUGGAAAUCAAUUAACAAUUAGUUUCGGCGAUCAGAUUUCUACAGAAGACAUGUUAUAUCAGCUUAGCUCAAUUAUACCUUAAUAACAAUGCCCACGUACAAAUUAUAAAUUUUAAUAAUCUGAAAGACCGAUAAACUAACAACAAAAUCCGGAGAAUGAAUGAAUGACUUGCACAGCCCUACCCUGUUUUAAAAUGGGUACAUGAUUUAACCACUAUAGUUCCUGGCGACAUAUCUAAUUUAUUAAUUUAUAACUUAUUGAACGAUCGAGAACACAAUGAAUCUUUGCAAGGAAUAAUAACGUAUAUGUUUAACGGUAAGAUAAUAUGUUAAGCACAAUGCUUGACGAAUGCUAUUUUACUAAGAUUUAAGUUAAAUCCCAUCCCCACUGAUAGGCUUAAAUACAGAUAACAAAUAUUUCUGGCCCUGAACGCCGUACUGAGAACUUUCUCAGGAACACAUAAUUUUAAACCGUUAUAACUUCGAUUCUAUGGAAAAUGCGAGAAAAACUUCGGGAAGAUUUUGAUCGCGGAGGCUUCGUUCUUAAACUGUUUAAUACCAGCUCAAGAUCAAACUGUACUGGGAGGAGAUAUAACCAUUAACCAUGCAGAGAAAAUAAUCACAGAUAUAGUAAACUAUGUAGGAGUAUACGGUCUGUGAUGGACGUAACGGUGUAGUGACCAAGCCCUACAAACUUGAAACAGUGCCCCCACCUCGGUAGGUUUUCCACCCAGACAAUCUGCUAACAUUACCCGCUUGAUUUUGUGGAUAACUUUCCGGGAAAUUCUCAGAUUAUUCACAGAUUAUUCACAUUCCGAAUAUAAUCGGUGAUAUAAACUAAGUAAAAGCAUACAGGAUGCUAUGGUCAGAUAACCAAAACCAUAUAAGCGUGAAACUGUUCCGACUCCAUACAGACAAUUUGCUCUCAUAAUUCGUCAACUUGUAAACAUUAUUAGCCUAAUUUUGUGGACGACAUUCCGAAAUAUCCAGACUUGUUUAUUAAAACCCUCGGCUUAUUCUUUUAAUUAACUGGAAGCCUGAUGAGAGCCAAUCUGCUGAAGACCAAGAUUUCCUGUUGCCACAAUAAAAAUACCGAUAUCCUCAUUAGGGUUGAGAUCCUAUGUUAAGCUUUUUUAAAGUGACUAGGAAGCUAGCUGCUACUCCUAAAAAACUGAGUUGGUGAAAGCUCAGAUAGGCGUAGAUUUUCCCGAAGCCAAACUUAAAAUUCUUGCCUGGUCAUGCAGAAAAAUGUUUCCUUCUCCUUCGAGAAGGCGUGUCGUUACACAGAUGUUUCUUGCAUGUAAAAGACAGCCAGCUUUCUUUCCUUGGUAUAUAACUUUAAUGUCGCCACAAUUAGAAGCUACAUUUUACCAGUAUUAUUAUACACAACCGGCUAUCUUUUAAAGGCUAAAUGGAAUCUCUUGUUAACGGUUUUAUAGGAAACCAAAUUAAAAGUGACAGCUCAAAGGGCAGUCUGACAUAUUUUUACUUUUAGUUUUGUCUAGAUAAUUUGAAAAUUUUGUCUGUUUUACAAAAAAUGCAGAAAAAAAUUAGAAGCCAUACUCUCCUAAAUAUGUUGUUUAAUCCUGACAAGAUAAUUCAUAAUAUACGGUCACCCUGGAGAGAAAAGGAGGGGGAGAGGGAGGAGUAAACCUCUGGGAGAUUAGUAAACCUAUGAGCAGUACUCAGUGUGGGACAGGGCAAUUAGCCUGGUGACGUCACGUGAGUGUGUGACGCACAUGAAGGUUAAAAUGUCUGGCAGUUUCUGAAAAAUAACUCCAAGAGAAAGAUCUUGGAAAGAUGCAAAUUUUAUGGGGGAAAAAAACAAUUUAUUAAUCGAUAGUAUGGUGAGGUUUGGCAAGUUGUUAGUCCGGAUUUUCCGGUUUACUAAUGAGUUUCUGUGUGUAGUUGUGGCAGUGUGGUCUGGGCCCGCCGCGGCCCCGGGGUUUUGUACAGUCACUUUCUCUGUGGUUUUUUUAUAUUACGAUUUUUUAGAUCAACCAAUAACAUACAAAUUUAUCACAAUGCUAUAAAGAUUCCCCUAAAAAUAUCCACAAAUCAAGAAGUUCAACAUAAGCAAAAUGGUUCACAUAAAAAGCCCAGUACUGUGUGCAGUGAUUCAAAAACCAUUUAAGGAUCUCAAAAUGGAAAUGGUCUUUGGCAUUGUUUAAUAAAAUUAAUACAUAUUUAAAUUAGACUAAUGAACAACUUUCUGGAUUCUGAGAAAAAUGAUCACUCCAUGAAUUCCUAAAAAAGCCAUAUGACCGGUUUAAUAAGGUGUCCUACUGUUUUAUUUAAUUGGGUCUUUUCAUUCUUCAUAUAAUAAUGUUUACACCGUGACCAAAAUAUACUAUAUGAAUUAAAUUGUCCCCUACGGUCGAUUGGCUCUGCAGAAAUUUCUUUGGUUUGGAAUCCAAAUUUAUAGAUUUAAAUCUGUAGGGAACUUUUUCUACUCUCUGUACAUUAUUUUAGAUUUGAUUUUAAUGUAUUCGUUUAAUAUGAAUAUUAGAGUUAUUAAUUAGAUUUGAGUAUUGAGAUUAUAACACAUAUUUAUCAGUAAAAGUUUUUCUAGAUUGUGAUGGACGUGGUGCAAUGUGCGAUUUAAAGAUCCAGAAGAUUUAGGAUCUGAGUAGAAUUUUCCUUUAUCCUAAUCUAAUAUUGCUUGAAUUCAAGUUAUGGCAAAUAUGUAUUGGGUUAUGAAAUAAGACUUUUCACCAUGUGUUGAACUUUAUUAUACUUUUUAAGAAACGAGGCAUAAGGUAAUACAUAAAAUUGUUUUGGGGUUACAUUUCGAAGAUUGUUUCAAAAAUGUUCAUGUUAUAAAUUUUGUACUUUAAAUCUUAAUACACUGCCUUUUAAAGACGUGUAUGUGUA